GAUCGGUAUUCGUGGAGAGUGUCACAUUUACACUUGGCGGGAUGGCAUCAUCUAAUGCAGCAAGUAAUUCUCCGGUGGAAAAGCUUACGGUAUGUGCAAUCUGUUUCGACUCCUUUAAUACUCCGAGGUGUCUCCCUUGCCUCCAUACAUUCUGUCACAGAUGUCUUCUGUCGUAUAUUGAGACCACGUGUAAACAGAAAACGUCACCGGUGGGGUUUCCCUGCCCUCUCUGCAGAAACUUUGUUCCUGCGCCGGUGUUUCCAGGAUUACCUGAGAAAUGGGUGGAACGAAUGCCGAUCAACAAAACAGUUCAGGUUAUGGUUGAUAAGAGUGAUGAUAUUUGGUAUUGCGAUGCCUGCAAGCGUGACGAAGAGGAGAAAAUUGCAAUCUGUUGGUGUAAAUCAUGUCUGGAGUCACUAUGUGAGGCCUGCAAUAAAUUUCACAAAAAGAGCCUUGCCAGUCGAGAACACAAAGUGAUUCCUCUUGCAAGCUUGAAAGAGGUUGCUGUUAAUGAUAUAGAUGAAAAUGAGGCUCAUUUACACUGCAGUACACACCAAAAGAAAAUUAGAUAUUUCUGUGAUGACCACCAGGAGGCUUGUUGUACACGUUGUGUGUGUAUACAGCAUAGAACUUGUAGACAAGUCAUCACAAUAGAAAACAAAGCUAAAAAUCUGCAUGAAUCAAAGAAAGUUAACGCCUUGCUGAAAGAAAUUGAGAGAUAUACCAAGGCUGUAACAAAAAUAAAAGAACAAGAAGAAAACAAUAUAGCAGAGUUAGACAAAGUGUCAGAUGACUUGAUAAAGCAAUCAUCUGAUUACAAAACAAAAGUAAUCCGCCAUAUUGAUGCUUUGCUUGAAAAACAUCUUGAUGAAAUCUCAAAAGUUACCAAAGACAACAGACAGAAACUAUCAGAUUCAGUAGAGGCUUUCUCAGAUCGUGAACUCCUUGCAAACUUGUAUACAAAGACACUCAAAACUAUAAAUGAAGGUGGAGCAUCGGUUGCUUUGGCAGUAGAAUACCAUAAGAUCAAAAAGCAAUUCUCAAAAAUUGCAGAUUUGGGUGUUACCCAGUUAGAAUUUCACAUGCAUCAAAACUAUGAAGAAAAGUUUCAAGAACUCUUCAAGAUUUCCAAGUUUGCAAAGUUAGUCCUUAAUGAGCAGUCAAUGAAGUUCUCAUUCGAUAUGAAUAUGAUGGUACAUGCUACCGUAGAUGUAGCCUUUGAAUUGGUGCAAUCUAGCGGUAAAAUAACUGGAGGUUGUUUUCUACAAGAUAGAGGAAUUCUACUUGUUGAUGCAAGACAGCCGGACAAAUUAUUGUACUUCAACAAUACUGGGGAGUGUGUUCAUAAAUGGAAUAUCUCUUUUCGUCCAAAUGAUGUGACUUUGAAAGAUUCAGAUGUCUUUGUAUCAAGCUCAGGAUCUUAUUAUCGAGGAAUUCAUGGUGUCACAUUUUUGGAAAAUCAGAGAAAAUUAAUACCAAGUGAUCGUUUACACUACUGUAAAAAUGAAGAGUGUUUUGGAAUAAAAUGUGCAAAUGGCUUUAUAUAUGUAACAUGUGGAAGAUCUAUUUUAAAAGUGGAUGCUGACGGAAAUCUUGUUAAAAGAUAUUUGACAGAGAAGGAAACAUAUUCGGUCGCUGUGGACAAAAACAACCACGUCAUUUACUCUUCGUGCACAUCACACAGCGUGACCUCCUUGAAUGAAUCAGGAAGAGAGUUGUUCCGCUACACUCACCCUGACCUGAAAUAUCCCCGUAGCUUGGAUGUGGAUUAUGAAGGAUAUAUUUAUGUGGCUGGAAGGGAUAGCGAUAAUGUUCACAUUCUCUCGCCAUCAGGACAGUUGUUGCGUAUCUUCAAAGUUUCAAAGCCAAACUGUAUAAAAUUUAAAACGGGUUCACGCAUCUGUCUCAUUGGCUCUUACAAUUCAUCUUGCACAAAGAUUUAUGAAAUCAAAGUCCCUGAAAUUUGACUUAAACUUUGUGUAAAUGAAAGCAAGCUGUGCCUUGCAAUGGUUAAAGCCUCACUUAAGCCAUGGGGAAAAAAACCCACCAAAAACCCUAUGGAAAUUUGUUGAAAUUCUUGUUAUAAAUAUUUUCAGUUUAUAAUUGCAAUUAUUUUACUUUUUUGUGUUUUUCAAGAAUUGAUCAUUAUAAUUGUGUGUAUUUAAAAACAAUCUGCACAAGAAAAUGUAUGUCAUGUAUCAAAAUAAUUAUUAUUAUGAAGAAUGUAUGUUUCAUUAUUUAAUGAUUUAUAAGUAGUAAAAAAAAAUCCAUUUCACAAAAAGAAAUGUGCCACAUCAUUCAUUAAUUUGACACUAGCUGUAUUGUAAACAUGAUCAGAUUACAUUUUAUUUCAAGGGGAUAAUUAUACUGAUUGCAGAAUGAAAUGAGUGCACAUCCUUAAGGACACAUUUUAUAUUAAAACAAGAACUUUUAAUUCAUGGGCUGAUCAAUAUAUAUUUAAAUUUUUGGAUUAUUUUGGUUGUAAAUUAGUACAACUAUGAAAUUGAAUGAAUUUUUAAAAUAUUAGGAACUUGUAUAUUUACUAUGCUGUUCAAAAUUUGUAAUAUAUUGCUUCUUUCUAUAUAACUAUUUACAAAGUUUUCCCACUGUAUUGGACAUAAUUGAGAAAUUGUGGUGAAAAAUUAAAUUUCUUGUGAAAUUUAUAAAUUUUUACUUUUACAUGUUAUAUAAACAAAUUUAGUACAUCUAUUUUCAUGAGUUUUAAAAAAUGUUUGUAGCUCCUAUAUGCUGAAAUAAAACAAAUGUUACUUGGAUGUUGAUAGUAAUUAGAAGACAAAACACAUUAAAUGAAUUUAUAUUUAUUUGGUAAGUGAUUUAAUUUUUUUUUUCAUGCAUUGCAAACUCGCACUAAGAGAUAUCACAAAAAACCAUUACUAGUCUACUGUGUGUGUUGAGCUUUGCCCUUGUUGGGUAAAACUCAUUCUGGUUCAUUUUUCUGUCGUGAUAAAUACUCUUCCUGUAAUGUUUCAAAUGCAAAUCUAAAGAUAUCCCAGGAACAAUUUCUUGAAAUAUGUUGCAAGAUGGCUUUGAUUGUGUCACAAUCAAAAUGUAUUGAGCUUGGAUUGACCUUGAUGAGACUUUGUGACACAUGAAUCCAAGAUAUCUAGGUGUCUCUAAUGAUUAUCUCUGUGUAAAAUAUCAAAGCUUUUUUUUUAGGUCUUCUGAGUCACUCAGGUGAGCUAUUGGUAUUGAUCUGUUUUGGGUGUUAACAAUUGAACAUUUUUAACUUCUUGAUACCUACCAUUCCAAUUCUUUUCAAGCAACUUUGGGACAGGGGGCCCAGGUGUGUGUGUGUGUGUAAUUUCAGGAUUCCUGCUCCUUGGUGCCACAGGGGCAGGUCAAAAAUUGACCAAAUUUUAUAAAUUUUCUUCUGUAGAACUGCAAAUCACUGCAACAUCAUUUCAUGAUCCCCAGGGUUGCGGUUCUGACUCCAGGGUGAGACCAAACAUGGCAUAUAGUGUUUAUUUGUAAAACACUUUUAAUAAUAUCUUUGCUGCUAUUGAUACUAAAUUGAAAGUAAAUGGAUAUUUAGAGGGACCAGGUAAACUUUUACCAAAAUUGUAAAGUUUUGGUAUCAGAUUAAUCAGGAAUGAGAGAUAGAAAGUGAAGACUAGGAAUGAGAGAUAAAAAGUGAAGACAAGGAAUGAGAGACAGAAAGGUUAAGAUAAGGAAUGAGAGAUAGAAAGUGAAGACAAGGAAUGAGAGAUAGAAAGUGAAGACA